AUUUUAAUAGAAAAAAAACAAGCUCGCAAAAAAAGAUUUACAAAAAUAGUGAAAUAAAUCAAUUUUAAACGCGAUUUUCGCCAAAUAAACAUCAAAAAGACUUGAUUCAAGUGCCGUAAAUUCCGGAAAAGACACUGCUGGCAUCUGUUUCCGGAAAAACCAAUUGAGUGACAAGUGCGUGCAAGGUAGCGACGUACAAACAGUAGGAAAAACAAACAAAUUUCGGGAAAAUGGGUCGUAAAAAGAGAAAGUUAACGAAACCGUGGUGCUGGUAUUGCAACCGCGAGUUUGACGACGAGAAAAUUCUGGUGCAACAUCAGAAAGCGAAGCAUUUCAAGUGUCACAUUUGCCACAAGAAGCUGUACACGGGUCCCGGCUUGUCCAUUCACUGCAUGCAAGUGCACAAAGAGUCAAUUGAUAAGGUGCCGAACGCCCUGCCGAAUCGCAGCAACAUUGAAAUCGAGAUUUACGGCAUGGAGGGAAUUCCGGCGGAAGAUAUCAAGGAGCACGAACGUCAAAAAGGCGGUCAGGGCGGCGCAAGUGGCACAAAAAGUGAUUCAGAUGACGAAGAUGGUCCCUCGUCGAAGAAGAGUAAAGGUGACAUGACAGCAGGAACAUCGGGCGCCACACCUGGAGCAAUUCCCGGGAUGCCCGCUGGCAUGGCUCAACCCAAUUUACUCGUGCCUCAACAGUUUGCCGGCCAAUUUCCGAUGCAAUUUAUGCCGCCGUACAUGCAGCAUCCCGGCAUGCCUCCGAUGAUGAUGCGACCUCCGCUAUUUCCAGCGGGCGCCGCAGCUGCUGUGAGCAGCACAAUCGUAGGAGCACCGAAACCAACGUUUCCCGCAUAUUCGGCAGCGACAAUUUCGGCGCCGCCUACCACAAAUAACGGAAAUGCCAAUAGUGCAAGCAAUAGUAGCAAUAAUAACGGUACCUCGAGUAACACGAGCAGUAAAUCAGCGGCUAGUGGACAGGCGACAAAUGGCGAACAGGCACCCACAAAAUCCAUCAACACGACAGGCACGAGUACAAAAAUUAUGCAUCCCGCGGAAGAUUUGAGCUUGGAGGAGCUGAAAGCACGCAAACCGUUAUAUGUGCAGAAAGUGAGGGCGGCGCAGAUUUGCGCGACACAAUCGGCAAUCGCGACCGCAAACAGUAAUGCCGUAAAUUCUUCCACGCCAAAUUCCGUGUCCACGACACCUGUGAGUGAGAGUUACGUUCCGAUCACGUCAAUGCCUUCGCAGAUGAAAGAUCAGCAACAGCAACCGCGCAUGAUGACGCCACAAGAACAAGUACAAGCGGUACAAGCAGCUGUCGCUGCAAACCAACAAAAACAAUUAGCUGAUGAAAUAAAUCGAGCAGCGAUUAUCCAAAGAAUUCAAGCAGCACGACCCGCUGCCGCGAUGCAACAAAUGGGCAUGGUUCAAGCAGCACUUGGUGGUCCAAUGCAUUUCAUGCCGCAAAUGAUGCGACAAGGACUUCCGCAAGGCCUUCUGCCUGGCCAGAUGAUUCGACCACCAAUGGGAGGCCCGCCAAUGGGAUUCGGACAACCAGGACUACUAACGCCAAUGCCCGGCAUGGCAAUGGCACCCGGCAUGGGUAUGAUGUUUCCCGGACACCCGAUGUUCCCCAUGGGCUUACCACGAUUUAGAUGAUCUCCUGCAAGUCCCGUAGUUCAACAGCAACCGCAACUAGUUCCGACAACAAAUAAUGCCGCCGCAGCAGCAGCUCAUGCCGCAACUGUAGCCGCAGCCGUGCAAAAUGGUCAAUUGCUGCAACUGACCAUGCCGCUAAUCUACCAGUAGUAGUUACGUGCCGAAACGAUCGGAAAACCGCAAGUUGAACGUUUAUUUUUACUUUUUUUUUCAUUUAUAGUAUUUAUAAGUUAAUAUUCUCAUAAUUAAUUAUUAUUAUUAUCUCUCUAAUCUUGUCUCUGUGAAUUUAUUUUGGCGUCAGAAGGUGAUUCUGACAAAAAAUAUCAAAGGAAUAUGUUUAGAAAAAUAUAUGAUGAUUGUUUUUUUUUGACUAGAAACGAAAAAAUUAAUGAUAUAUAGAUGAAGAAUCAUAACAACUACAAAAUUUUAGUACUAAAUGUUGAUAUUUAAUGAAAUUUCGUGUAGUUAUUUAAGGCAAAAAUUUUAAUAUUUAUUCAAAUUAUUAUUAUAGGAGUUAUUCUAACGUUCAAAAUUGUCAUCAAGACACGUCAGAUAGUCGUUCCUCUUCUUUUAAAGAUCUAAAUGCUACUUUUAUUUGUCAUGACUGUCAAUUUUUGGACUUUUUUUAAGGGAUUUUAUCAAAAAAAUCCUCUUCUUAAUUUUUUUUUUCGUAAAAAUAAAAAAAAAUAUUAAAAAUGUCUCAAAAACUGACAGUUACGACAGAAAAUCACCUUGCAACCCCCUUUAAACUUCAAUUUUUCAAACAUUUAUUGCCCUCUAACACUUACAAACCCCAAAAAAAAAUCAAGAGGAAAUCCACAAAAAUUUUAAUGAAUCAAUUUUCUUCCAAUCUCUUUUCUUUUUUUUCAACAGAAUUAAACACAUUAAAAUAUCGCAAAAAAUAUCACUCACUAUAUAAACCUAAAAAAAAAAUACAAAAGAUAAAAAUCAAAAAAAUUUAAGAGUACACAAAAAAAUUUACCUCUCAAUACAAAAAAUUAAGAGUACAACUGUAAGUACUGUUCCUUUUAUAUAAACCACUACU